AUUUAGCAGCGGUUCAAAGUUUUUCCACCGGAUCGAUGGCUUCUGCUGCGGUUAAUUCGAUCUCCAAACCGCACUGUAGUCCGCAGUUGGGCGUGAAGGCGGGGAGGAAGCAGGCAUUGACGAUGGCGAGGUGGAGGAGAAGUCGGUGCUCUGCUUCUUCUGAUUCCCGCGUCAACUUCUCCUCGCCGGCGCAUUGGAAGAUUCCUUACCGGAAGGAGCCGGCUGCCAAGCCGGCGGGGCCUAAUUGGAACAUUCUACAGAAGUUCGCGGCCGCCGCGCUAGAUGCCGUUGAAGAGGUCUUCGUGUCGAACCUGCUCGAACGCCAUCGGCCGCUGCCGAAGACGGCGGACCCCGCCUUCCAGAUCGCUGGGAACUUCGCGCCCGUCGACGAGCGCGCCCCCUGCCAUGACCUCCCCGUGGAAGGACAGAUACCGGCGUCACUUGAUGGGGUGUACGUCCGCAACGGUGCGAAUCCCCUGUUUGAGCCAGUCGCCGGGCAUCAUUUCUUUGACGGGGAUGGAAUGGUCCACGCGGUGCACCUCCACGGCGGCCGCGCCGGCUACGCGUGCCGGUUCACGGAGACAGAGCGGCUCCGGCAGGAGCGGUUGGUGGGGCGUCCAGUGUUCCCCAAGGCCGUCGGUGAGCUCCACGGCCACUCCGGGAUCGCGAGGUUGCUGCUCUUCUACGCUCGCACCCGCUUCGGCCUGGUGGACGGAAGCCGCGGCAUGGGCGUCGCCAACGCCGGCCUUGUCUACUUCAACCGCCGCCUCCUCGCUAUGUCCGAGGACGAUUUGCCGUACCACGUGCGCGUCACCACCGACGGCGACCUCGAGACGGUCGGACGGUAUGACUUCGACGGCGAGCUCGAAACCUCCAUGAUCGUGCAUCCCAAGGUCGACCCGGCCUCCGGCGAGCUCUUCGCCCUCAGCUACGACGUCAUUCGGAAGCCUUACUUGAAGUACUUCUACGUCUCCCCCGACGGCCGGAAGUCCGCCGACUUGGAGAUCCCCCUCCAGCAACCCACCAUGAUGCACGACUUCGCCAUCACCGAGCGCCACGUGGUCAUCCCGGAUCAGCAGGUGGUGUUCAAGCUGGAAGAGAUGGUCCGCGGUGGCUCGCCGGUGGUCUACGACCGGACCAAGACCUCCCGAUUCGGCGUCCUCCCCAAGUACGCCGCCGACGCUUCGGAGAUCCGGUGGGUCGACGUCCCGAAUUGCUUCUGCUUCCACCUGUGGAACGCGUGGGAGGAGACGGCUACCGGCGAAGUCGUCGUCAUCGGCUCCUGCAUGACGCCGCCGGACGCCGUCUUCAACGACUCCGACGAGAGCCUCAAAAGCGUCCUCUCCGAGAUCCGGCUCGACCUCCGAACCGGCAGCUCGACACGCCGGCCAAUCCUCAACCCGACCGAGCCGCUAAACCUCGAAGCCGGAAUGGUGAACCGGAACCUCCUCGGCCGGAAAACCCGCUACGCCUACCUCGCCAUCGCCGAGCCGUGGCCGAGAGUCUCCGGCUUCGCCAAGGUCGACCUCCUCACCGGCGACGCCAAGAACUUCAUCUUCGGCGACGGCCAGUAUGGCGGCGAGCCGUGCUUCGUGCCGAGCGAGGACGCAGCUGCCGGCGGUGAGGACGACGGCCACGUGCUCUGCUUCGUGCACGACGAGAGAACGAAGGAGUCCAAGCUGAUGAUCGUCAACGCCGGCAAUCUGAACCUCGAGGCCACCGUCAGGCUGCCUUCCCGCGUGCCCUACGGCUUCCACGGCACCUUCAUCUCCUCCAACGACUUGGAGCAGCAAGCCUAAC